ACUGUUGCCAUUAUCCAAGACCAAAAUUAUUUUCGGCAUCUUCAAAGCUUCUCUCUUGAAGAAAACCCUAAAGAUUCUCCCUUUGCCUAUAUAAAACAACAAAAACUAAUCUUUCCAUUGCUUCAGCUUUGGAGAUCUGAUUUUAUAUUUUCUCAUCCCAAAAUCUGCCCCUUAAAUAUCUCAACAUUCCUCAGAUUCAGAAUCUGCUAAAGUUUUGUCUUUUGAAACUGAGUAAGUUACGUAUUUCUACUAAUCUUUUCAACUCAAUCUCGCAGAUCCAUUAGCUUAUUAUAACUUCUUGCAUAAAAAUUUUUUUUGAUGUCGUUUCAAUAGAUUCAUUUGAUAGGAGUUAAUUCUCCCAAUUUUAAUUUGGACGUACAUUUUUUUUUUCUAUUGGUUCAGGUAUAUUUUGAGAAAAUAGCUGAGAUAUUCAAAUAAUCUACCGGGUGUGUUAAAGUAGCUGAAAUUAAUUGAUUGCCUGAAAUGAGUGAUAACAAUUCACCACCUGGAUCACCCAAAGAUAACCCAGAUCAGAAUUCUAAGGCUAACCCUUUGCCCAAAGAUGAUAGCUCACUGGAAACCAGAGUUCGAAGGUUUCAGGAUUCCAUGUCCUUAGCAAAGAGACACAAGUUUUGGGAAACUCAGCCUGUUGGUCAAUUUAAGGAUGUUGGGGACAUAAGUUUACCUGAGGGCCCGAUUGAGCCCCCGACCCCAUUGUCUGACGUCAAACAGGAGCCUUAUAACCUUCCGAGUCUGUAUGAAUGGACCACCUGUGAUAUGGAUUCGGAAGAGACUUGUACUGAGGUUUACAAUCUUUUGAAGAACAAUUAUGUGGAGGAUGAUGAGAAUAUGUUUAGGUUCAAUUAUUCCAGGGAGUUUCUUAGAUGGGCUUUGCGUCCUCCUGGUUAUUACAAGAGUUGGCACAUUGGGGUCCGUGCUAAGGCUUCGAAGAAGCUUGUUGCUUUCAUUACUGGUGUCCCUGCGAGAAUAAGGGUGCGUGAUGAAGUUGUGAAGAUGGCCGAGAUCAAUUUCUUGUGCGUUCAUAAGAAGCUGAGAUCAAAGAGACUUGCACCCGUGAUGAUUAAGGAGGUCACUAGGAGAGUUCAUUUGGAGAAUAUUUGGCAGGCAGCUUACACAGCUGGAGUAGUUCUUCCAACACCAAUUACUACUUGCCAGUAUUGGCAUAGGUCAUUGAACCCCAAGAAGCUUAUUGAUGUUGGCUUUUCUAGGCUUGGGGCUAGGAUGACGAUGAGCCGAACCAUUAAACUCUACAAGUUACCUGAUUCUCCGGUCACUCCUGGAUUCAGAAAGAUGGAACUUCGUGAUGUCUCUGCUGUUACUAGGUUGCUAAGAAACUACUUGAGCCAGUUCGUUGUUUCUCCUGAUUUUGAUGAGAGUGAUGUGGAGCACUGGCUUCUUCCUACUGAGGAUGUCAUGGACAGCUACUUGGUUGAGAGCCCUGAGACGCAUGAAAUAACUGACUUCUGCAGUUUCUACGCUCUUCCCUCGUCGAUUCUUGGCAACCAGAACUAUUCGAUUUUGAAAGCUGCCUACUCUUAUUAUAAUGUCUCCACUAAGACUCCACUGCUUCAGUUGAUGAAUGACGCACUUAUUGUUGCUAAGCAGAAGGGUUUUGAUGUUUUCAACGCACUGGAUGUCAUGCAUAAUGAAUCUUUCCUCAAAGAACUGAAAUUUGGACCAGGCGAUGGACAACUUCACUACUUCCUAUAUAAUUAUCGGAUACUGAAUGUCCUGAGACCAUCAGAGCUUGGUCUUGUACUCUUAUAGGAAUGGAGAACGUUGAACUUUCUGCUGUCUAAUCUUUCGGCUGCACUAACAAGUACCAACACUAUGCAAAUAACUGGAGCUAUCUCAUAUAUAUAUUAGUCAAGUCACAUC